AUGCGCUCCCAGGGAGAAGCUCAACGUGCGAGAGACGCCGAGGGCGCAGAAGAACGUGAAGCACAGCUCGCGGCUGAGAGGGCUAGACGUGCAGCAAAGGAAGCAGAGGUUGAGGCUAAGCGAGCGAAGGAAAGAGAGGAAAAGAGGCUGAAGGAAGAGAAGGCGAGAGAAGAGGAAAGUCAAAGACGAGAGAGGGCUGUGCGCCUCGUGAGGGAAGGACUUGAUUCCAGACGAGUCGUUGAUCUGGAAGACGUUGCCGGCCAAGCUGGUGGUAAUGUUGGCCGCGAAUGGGUCGAGGGAUUAGUCAGAGCCUCAGGGCUGCUUCUCGAGAGUCAAGGACAAUAUCACACAAUGAUCACGGCAAGCGGAUGGGUGGUCAGGGUCGAGAGAGAAGACAUGGAGACUCUGUACAGCGAGGCCGUUGCAGAUGCAGGCGAAGAUGGUGCAGUGGCAUAUACGAAGCUUGGCGAGCGAUUAGAGCGCAUUCUGGGAAAAGGCAUCGCUGCUAGUUAA